UCCAGCGUGGUGGCCCUGCCCUGUACUCUCCUGGGACAAAGCUGAGAUGGUCCUGCUGCUGCUCCUGGCCAUGCUGUGGGGUGGGUCACAGGCUCAGAACCCAAAUUAUAAGCUGAACAUGCAGGCAGACGUGAAGCUACAGAAGGGCCUGUGUGCAUUUUUGCCCUGCACGAUCACCUACCCCAAAGAUCACUGGGAGGAGGAGACCACAGCUUGUGGCUACUGGUACCGAGAGGUGCCCCCAAAGAGUCCUAUUCUCGUGGCUACCAACUGCGAGUCUGAAAAGGUGCAUCAGAGCACCAAAGGGCGGUUCCAGCUUCUGGGCGAUCCCAGUGACUGGAGCUGCUCCUUGCUCAUCAAGGACGUCCAGGAAAGUGACUGGGGUGUAUAUUACUUCCGUGUGGAGAGGGGCCCCAAAGUGCGCUUCAAUUACAUGAACUACAAGCUCCUCCUGCAAGUGACCGAUCUGACCCAGAAGCCCGACAUCUACAUCCUUGAGCCCCUGUGGCCGGGACGUCGGGGGACCGUCAUCUGUGUGUUCAACGCGACCUCUGAGAAGUGUCCAGCCCCCACCUUCUCCUGGGAGGGGGCUGCCGUCUCCUCGAGGAGGACCCAAGCCAGCACCCACAUGUCCUCGGUGCUCACGCUCGAACCCAGAGCCCAGGACCGCAGCAUCGACCUCACCUGCCGUGUGCGCUUCGCCCCAAGCGGCGCGCGUGCAGAGAGGACCCGGCAACUGGAAGUGGCCUAUUCCCCCAAAGACCUGGUCAUCAGCGUUUCUCAGGCGGAAGGGGCAGCCCCGCAGCCCCAGGGAAGAGACUCCCCCCUUCCACUGCAGGCCCGGAAAGGGCAGUUUCUGCAGCUGCUCUGUGAGGCCGACAGCAAACCCGACGCCACUCUAAGCUGGGCCCUGGAGGACCGAGUGGUGUCGUUCUCCCGUCCGCAGGGCCCCAAGGCCCUAGCGCUGGUGCUGCCCGCUGUGACCGAGCGAGACGCGGGGACCUACACCUGCCGGGCCGAGAACCUGCUGGGCGCGCAGAGUCGCGCGCUCCACCUGGAUGUGCAGUAUCCCCCUGAAAACCUGAGAGUGAUGAUCUCCCUGGAAAACAGGACAGUCCUGGAAACCUCCAGCAGAGCCACAAGCUUCGGGGUGCUCCAGGGCCAGAGCCUGCAGCUGCUCUGCGUGGCCCAGGGCAACCCUCCAGCCAAUGUGAGCUGGGCUGGGAGCCAGCUGGUGCCGAGCCCUGCGCAGCCCCCGGAUCCGGGGCUCCUGCUCCUGCCCCAGGUCCAGCUGGACCAGGAAGGAGAAUUCACCUGCACUGCUCAGAACCUGCUCGGCGUCCAGCGCGUGUCUGUGGACAUCCGCGUGCACUAUGAGAAGGGAUCCCUAUCCAAGGCUUUCUCCAGUGGAGCCCUCAUGAGUGGUGGCGUGUCGGCGCUCCUGUGCCUCUGUAUCAUCCUGAUUCUAGUGAAGACACUGAAGAGGAAGAAGACGAAAGGGGAGAAGGCAGAGAGGCUGUCCCGGAGGAGCACCAUCCUGGACUACAUCAAUGUGUUUCCCCGCGUGGGCCCCCGGACUCAGAAUCGAGAGACCAAGCCAAGUGGUCCUCAGCCUCCUGUCCCGGCUCCUUCCUCACAAGCCUGGACCAACCGGAAGCAGAAGCAGCAGUGUCCCGUGGGUCCCAGAGGCCACCCAGGACCCACAGCAUCCACACAGGCCCUGCAGAGCAUCCAGGAUGAGGUCCAUUACUCAAGUCUCUGUUUCCAUGAGUGCCGGGCUCAGGAACCCCAGGAACCCAAAGAGAGGCAAGAGGAGUAUGCAGAAAUCAGGUUCCGCUGA